UUUAAACCCGAGCGCAGGGUUUCCGCACUGUGCUUUUUCCUGGAUGCUACGAAAACAAUAUAAGGGAGGGUUGACUCGUGUAACAGACCGCCCCAUAUAAACAAGUAACUGUUAUGUCUAUUGUGACUGUUCAACAGACAUAGGUAAACGAAAUCUGUCGUUUUACUACGACAGUUUUGAAAACUAGCUAGCUAGUCUUUGUAAUAGCCAAAUAAUCAAUUGAAAUGGAGCGGUGGAAAGGCAGAGUAGCUCUCGUGACUGGAGCCUCGGUCGGGAUUGGAGCGGCUGUUGCACGGGCACUUGUCCAACACGGCAUGAAGGUUGUGGGAUGUGCCAGGAAUGUUGACAAGAUAGAGAAGCUGGCAGCAGAGUGCCAGAGUGCGGGCUACAACGGUACGCUGAUCCCCUAUAAGUGUGACCUGUCCUGUGAGGAGGACAUCCUGUCCAUGUUCUCUGCCAUCAAGACGCUGCACCAGGGGGUGGACGUGUGUAUCAACAAUGCAGGCCUGGCCCACAAUGAACCCCUGCUCAGUGGCAAGACAGACAGCUGGAGGAACAUGAUCGACGUGAAUGUCCUGGCCUUGUCUAUUUGUACACGUGAGGCCUACCAGUCAAUGAAAGAGCGGAAUGUGGACGAUGGCCACAUCAUCAAUAUUAACAGUAUGGGGGGACAUAGAAUGGUACCUAGUGCAGAUGAACAUUUCUACUGUGCCACAAAAUAUGCUGUGACUGCUCUAACCGAGGGGCUGCGGCAAGAGCUACGGGAAGCAAAGACCCACAUCAGAGCCACGUGUAUAUCCCCUGGAAUAGUGGAGACUGAGUUUGCCUUCCGGCACCACAACAGCGAUCCAGAGAAAGCAGCUGCUGUGUAUGAGAGUAUAAAAUGUUUGAAAGCACAAGACAUAGCCAGUGCAGUCACAUACAUUCUGGGCGCCCCGCCUCAUGUCCAGAUCGGAGAUGUGCAGAUGAGGCCGGUGGAACAGAUGUCAUAGCAACAGAGCAGGAAGUUAAGCAACUGGAGGAGCCGAUAGAGCCAGACAGCAAGCGCCAUUGUGACGACUCCUUAGCGACCUCUGCUGGGCAACGACAAAAACAAACAAACUAGUGUUCAACUGGAUUUGGACUGAAGGGAUCGGUUUGAGGAGGUGUGGAGGAGGCUGUGUAUGGUGGAGUGAUAUCUGGGCUGGAGAUUAGAGGAUGGGCAGGUACUCUUAACCACUACUGAAUUACUGUGAGUGCUGCUACAACAUGGGCUUUGGUUUAUUGCUCUAGCAGCCUUGUUUCAAAAUGAAGCCACAUCAAACUUAGGAGAAGAGAAGAGGGUUGCUGCUCCUGUGCGUCAUCUAUUCUACAUGACCAUCCUGACUGACUGACAGAAGGACCGACCGAGGGAGGGGGGGAGGGAAGAGUAUGCCAUCAAUUGCACAUGAAUUUUUUUUUUUGUAGGUAAUAUUACAUAUAUGUUUAAAAUAAUGGAACAAAACACUGCUAUUUGUAUUAUUUUUUAUAUAAAUAUUUUUAUUUUGAUUAUUGGUACAUUUGGAUAAUAUGCUGUACCCUCUAACCAUAGACACUCGAUCCAUUUGUACUAUUUUGACGUGUUUUUAAUAACAAGCAGAUUUGGUUAGCCUGUUAAGUAUCAAGUACGUCCCGCUUGUUUUUCAAAACCUAUGUCAACCAUCACCAAUCAGCAAAUGUGUAUAAGGGACAGUCAAGCAUGAUUACGCAACCAUCACUUAUGACCAAGUGUAUUUCCCCACUCCAUAAAUCAACCAUAUGAGAUAGGCCUAGAUUCAAUCAGAUCAAUUGUUAAGCGGCAAUUGCCGACAUGUGCAUAGCUGAUGUUUUGGCGGUGUUGGAGUUGUCAAAAUCGGUGAGCAGCUGCUCUUUGUCAUUUUUUUAUUUUAUUUUUUUUCUAAAUUUUUCUCCCCAAUUUCGUAGUAUCCAAUCAUUUAGUAG